AUGCGCCCCGGCAAGCGUACUCUCGAGGAGCUGGCCAACAAGUCAGACUCUGACGAUGCCGACUACAGUGACCACCCUGCCCCUCGCCGCUCCAAGAAACCUACCUCCCGCAAGAAGCCCGCUGGUCGCGCCGGCCGCCCCAAGAAGCGACGCCGCCGCGACUCCGACGACAUCGUGUCCGAUGAUCUCGAUGACCUUGAUGACGAUAUGUCCUUCGAUGAACUUGAUUCCGAAUCAGACGACCCCAAUGUACCUCGUAAUGCUCGAGGCACUGCGCGUCGUCGCACCACUACCCUCUCUCAACCGAAAUACGAAGAACGCUCUGACGAAGAGGAAUUCUCAGGCGACAACGAAGAAGAAGAUGACGAUAAAAUGAAUGUCGAUUCUUCUCCCUUGGCCAGCAAGGCCAGCAAGGUCGUGACCCUAAAGCUCGAACCCGAGAUUCUUUCACAAUUCCCUGUUACUCGACGAGUAACCCGCGCCACUCGUGAUGCCUCUGAGGACAUUGUUGCCCUGACCAAUUCCGGUCGGCAUAUGGAAUAUGUCGAGCGCGGCACUGUCAGUCCAGCUCAGGAGCAAGUGCGCCGCAACUCGCGCAAAUCCUCCAAGCAGCCAGUCCUCAGCGAGAUACUGGAAAGCGCUCCCCAGAGCAUGGUCAGUGAGGAGGGCGUCGUCCCUGAAUCCGAGAAUGGUGAUGCCAAGGCCCAGAACAACGAGCAUGGCGAGGAAGACGACGAUGAUGAUGAGGCUCCUACCACCCGUCAACGAAACAGGUCGGCUAGAGACCAGCCUGUCGUUGAAGAGGAGGAAGAAGUCGUGGAAGAAGUUACUCAAGUCGAGGAACCGCGUUCGUCCCCAUCCACCAGUCGCAAGCGACCCGCACGGGCACGAAGCUUCCAGCGCAAGACCGAAGAGAGUGACUUCGAACCCGACGAAGAUGCCUCGAACGACGAUUCUUCAUCCCCAACUCCGCAGUCUGCUCGGUCUGCUCGUUCACGCAAGAGUCAGUCAGAAGCUGAAACUAGUACGACUAGUCGGCGUCCCGGUUUGCGCGCGCGGCCUUCCCGAGCCCAUUCCGAAGUUCUUGAAGAUGAGGCAGAUGAAAUCGCCGAAGAGCUCCAGGAGCUGCGUCCUGGCCGCAACCUCCGUCGUCGCUUGAACACACAAGUUGUUCGCGAGGAAAGAUCGCGUCGGAACCGCCCAGAGGUCGAUUAUCGCCUCAUUCGCCCCGACAUGAACCUCAAUACGGAUGAUGCUGAAGCAGACAUCAUCAUGGAAUCUCCCUCUCGUCGUGGACGUGGUGCUGCCAAUCAGCGUUCUCUUCUUCCGACAUAUGGUCCUUUUGGUGGUGCAGGCGCCGCAAUAUUGGGACGUCCCGGGCUCCUCGGUGCACAUGGGGAGGACAUCGACAGCGACAGCAGCGAUGAUGAAGACCCCCAGCCUUAUCAGACCCAGGGCAUUCCAGGAAUUACUCCUUCAAGCCUCCUUGCCCAACCGGGUGCAGGUGCAGGUUCAAAGAAGGCUCCCAAGACCAACACUGGCUUGGUUAGAGACCAGCAAGCUUUGGCCGAUGCGGAUCCUCUUGGUGUUGACUUGACCGUCAAUUUCGACGGUGUUGGUGGCCUGGAAGGUCACGUCAACCAGUUGAAGGAGAUGGUCUCACUUCCACUGAUGUACCCUGAGAUUUUCCAACGACUCAACAUCACUCCCCCUCGAGGCGUGCUGUUCCACGGACCGCCUGGCACGGGUAAGACACUUCUGGCUCGGGCGUUGGCUAACAGCCUCAGUUCCGAAAACCGGAAAGUCUCGUUCUAUAUGCGGAAGGGAAGCGAUGUUCUGAGCAAGUGGGCAGGAGAAGCUGAGCGUCAGCUUCGAGUUCUUUUUGAGGAAGCCCGCAAGACGCAGCCUAGUAUCAUCUUCUUUGAUGAAAUUGAUGGUUUAGCACCCGUUCGUUCGGCCAAGUCGGACAGUUCAUCGGCUGCAUCAAUCGUUUCGACUCUGCUGGCAUUGAUGGACGGUAUGGAUGGCCGUGGCCAGGUUAUUUUGAUCGGUGCAACCAAUCGACCCGACCAUGUUGACCCUGCCCUUCGUCGCCCGGGCCGCUUCGACCGUGAAUUCUACUUCCCACUGCCCAAUCUCGAGGCUCGACGUGCUAUCAUCGAAAUCCACACCAAGGGCUGGGACCCUGAGCUUCCGAGCAAUGUCAAAGCUGAUCUGGCCGCAAUGACUAAGGGAUAUGGUGGUGCCGACUUGCGGGCGCUCUGUACCGAGGCCGCUUUGAACGCCGUUCAACGGCGCUACCCUCAAAUCUACAAGUCCGACAAGAAGCUUAUCAUCGAUCCAAAGACGAUCGAGGUCAUUCCCAAGGACCUUUUGAUUGCGGCAAAGAACAUUGUGCCUUCUUCCCAACGAUCAGCCUCUUCGGGAGCAGCUGCGUUGCCUGAGAACGUUGAGCCUCUUCUCCGGAAGUCACUGGCACAGAUCAAAGCUUCGCUGAAGGAGAUCUUGCCCCAGCGCAAGCGUCUCACUGCCCUCGAAGAAGCUCAGUAUGAAGAGCCGGCAGAUGGGAAUGAAAUCCGUCGGGAGAAGAUGAUGGAAGAAUUUGAUCGUGCGCGCGUCUUCAGGCCGAGAUUCCUUGUGCGCGGCGCUCGCGGAAUGGGCCAGGGCCACCUGACGGCCGCAAUCCUACACCAAUUUGAGGGACUGAACGUCCAGUCUUUCGAUCUACCGACACUCCUCGGCGAUCCCUUUGGAUCUCCCGCCGCCACCAUCUCUCACUUGUUCACUGAGGCCAAAAGGAACAAGCCCAGUGUCAUCAUCAUCCCGGACAUUAAUUCCUGGGCCGAGAAUCUCCCCCCUUCCGCCAUUUCCAUGCUCGCGCAAUUAAUGCGCCAACUCCCACCCUCCGAUCCUAUUUUGUUGCUUGGCGUCUUGGAGUCGACAGAAGAAGAUGUCGACAACGCAAUCCUCAAGGAAUUGUUCGGCUCCUCGAAGAAGAACGUGAUCUAUCUCACAGAACCUGAUCAGAACGAACGACAUGAGUUCUUCAACAAGCUGAUCGAAUACAUCAAGACUCCUCCUUCGGGCUUCCCUGAUCCUGAUAAUCGCAAGCUGCGCAAAUUGGAGGAACUUGAGGUAGCCCCACCACCGGCACCCAAGCCAGAGGCGCAAUUGACCAAGCAGGAGCUUAAGACCCAGAACAAACGGGAUCGGUACAUGCUCAAUCUCUUGAAGGUCAGGAUCCAGCCCGUCAUGGAUUACAUCAAAUCCAGGUAUAAGAGACUCCGGCUACCUGUGAUUGAUGAAUCAAAACUUGCAUACCUGUGGGAAGAUGCGAACCCGGAUAUCGUCACCAGUGACAUUCCCCAAGAAGAUGCACACAUCCAUCGGCCUUAUGAGAUCGCCGAAGACAAAAACGGCGUCACUGGUCUUCGCGAGGUGCUUACUGGAAAGUUCUUCUACAACAUGGACACCACCACCAUUGAGAAGCGCCUGGUGAAUGGCUAUUACAAACGCCCUUGCGACUUCCUGUCAGACAUCAAGAAACUCCAGAAGGAUGCCCGGCAGACCGACGACCUCGACCGACAACAAAAGAUCAGCGAACUGAUCCCCAAUGUCGAGGUUGACAUGGCCACCAUUGAGCAAGAGUACCCGGAUAUCGUGGUAGACUGUGAGAACAUCUACCAGCGGCAUCUGGCCCGUGUGAAGCAGGCCAUGGAAAAGGCAAAGGUUGAUGGCGAGAAGGGGAAGGCCGCCGAGGACAAUGAUCCCGGCAACGGCUCCGAUGAGGAUGAGGAUGGAGAUGGGGACGUGUACAUGAGCCACGAGGAAAACCCUGGCUCCAGGGAGACUCAGCAGAGCUCCUUCGGCCCCUCUGCGCAGCCGAAACCUGCGUACUCCAACACCGCUCCCUCCCAGCAACUUCGCCGGGAGUCUGGUCUGUCGAGCUUCUCCCAGAAGGGGCCAAUGACCCCCAUGGCCCCGGGAACGCAACCGGCAGACUACACAAAUGAGGCGUCCACCACCCAGACGACCUCAUAUAAGAAGUCGACGGAGCAAAGCUCCCACCAGACAAAUGCGAGUCGGCAGGGAGAUACCCUGACCGCAUCUCCCAGGAAGACCACCUUCCUGAUACUCAGGGCGGCAGCCAAUCCUCCCCCCCUCCCGGCCCGCCCUCAACCUCCUCUUUUUGCCGCCCCUCCCCCGCCCUCUCUGGAUGGCCCCUCGGCCUCCUCGGUGACCGUAGACCACGAGCGCGUGGAGCAGCUCCAUGCCCAGCUGACUCUGCGGACAAGCGGCCUGUCCGUGGAGCAGCUGGAGCAGAUUAGCUCCACCCUCAUGGCCUGCGUUUGGCAGAUGCGGUCUGAAAAUGACCGCACUGUCGUCGCUGAGGGGAUCUCCAAGGCCUUUGAUGUGGCCUUGGAGGACAUCCAGGAGGGUCGGGAGGAGGGGUUGACCUCCUAG